GGAACAUCUGCCACCGCGUCGCUAGAGGGAACAUCUGCCACCGCGUCGCUAGAGGGAACCUCUGCCACCGCGUCGCUAGAGGGAACAUCUGCCACCGCGUCGCUAGAGGGAACAUCUGCCACUGCGUCGCUAGAGGGAAACAUCUGCCACCGCGUCGCUAGAGGGAACAACUGCCACCGCGUCGCUAGAGGGAACAUCUGCCACUGCGUCGCUAGAGGGAGCAUCUGCCACUGCGUCGCUAGAGGGGACCUCUGCCACCGCGUCGCUAGAGGGAACAAUUGUCACUGCGUCGCUAGAGGGGACAUCUGCCACCCCGCCUUUCCCUCGAACUAAUCACUCACCGGUCUGUCUGGGAAAUUCAUCUCCUCCCCGUCGCCUCCAAUCGCGUUCCUCGCCAGUGCCCACUACGAGCAAGUCAAAAGGACAAGGUCGGAAAGUCAGAUGGGGGUGGACUGGGCCCGGCUCUGGGUCGGGUGCUCUGUCGUCGCUUCGUUGCGAUAAUUAAUUCCGCAUGGAUGACUUGUCGCUCUUCCUGGUUUGUCCGACUGGUCCGUCGGUCGCUGCUUAUUAAAUGGGUCGGACGACCAGGUAUGCUUGCUUGCUUUUCUCUUCAGCAGUUGCCCCGGCUGGCACUAAUUGAGAUAACAGGAACGCUAUUAUUCGCUUAACUCCCGACGAAGGCGGGAAACGCCCUCAGUCGCGCCUUCUCUCGGCCGGUCUACCCGCCGACACCACUCUUGUGGCCCAGUGCCGCUGACACGGGCAAAGCUUGCAAAUAAGGGACAGGAUUUUAUACCUCAUCUCCA